AAAUCAAAACGAGUCGUUGGAGCUGACACACACACACCCCUUUCGGCCCUUAAAAAUACAGUUAAAAAUUCCAUAGAUAAAAAUAAGUAGAGAAAUUUUGUGAAAAAUUCCAUUGCAUCCCCAAAAAGAGAGACACCAAUAGCUACGCCAGAAUGACCUCCACAUUGGUGCUCCUGAUCGCCAGCGUCGUGCACUUCGGGAUGCGCGGCAGUUGUCUGCUGGACAUCGAGCGAUUCCCGGUGAUUCCGGGCACCGUCUACGCCGGUCACAUCGCCUACUGUGCCAUCCUGCACUUCCUCCACGACAUGGAGGUCCUGCCGAUCCGGUAUCGCCGCCGGAUGGGCUGGCUGACCGCCUUCCUGGUCGAACUGGUGCUGGGCGUGGCCGUCAUGGAGGUGCUGGCCCUGUGGCUCUGGUGCAGCGUGGAGCACAUCGUCCACCUGACCCUCCAGUUCGUCCUGCGGCGCUACUUGGGCAUGUCCACCGAUCUCUACCAGCGCUGGGAGUGGGCCAUCAUGGGUGGCCUGAUGACCACCCUGGCGGCCAUGCUCUGGCUGAAUGCCUACGAGGCCACGGAGCCCACUGAGGUGCCGAUUGCGAAGUCGAGGAUUGGCCAGCCCAUCAUCAAGAGGAAGGAGGAGAAGCAGCAGCAGGAGGAGAAGCAGCAGGAGGAGAAGCAGCAGGAUGAGGAGCAGCAGGAGGAGGAUCAGGAGGAUCAGGAAACGGAUCAGCCCACUGAGCAAUCGGAGGAGGAUCCCGAAGAUGUCCACCAGCCCUGCGAGGAGAAGCCCCUGGAGGUCCUGGCCACAACCACCGAUUGCUAGCUAUAAAGCAGCUAGAAGCCCAUCCUCCAAUCUCUGAAAGUCCCAACUCAUCGCUGGACAAAAGGACUCCACAAAGCGGCCUCAAUUAGACGAACGAUCAUGCCGGACCUCGACCAGGAGCUGGGAACUCCAGAGGACCAGAGGAAAGCGAAUGUAUUUAUUCCAGCCAGAUGGACUCGAAAAGCUCUAAAGACCGUGCCCAAAGGAUGCUCGGCAAAGGGGGCGUGGUCGUGGGCUAUUGGCAGGGUGGGGUUGGUGGCAAAAUGAUGGACUGCAGUAAAAUGUCUAUGAAAAUUGA